UGUCCGUACAGAUAAGGCAGAUUCGCUUUAGGAAGCAGCAUAAGUUUCUCCAUCGGAUCCUCCUCCCCCAAAUGUGUUUCUAUAUUGGUGGAAUCUUUUUAAUUGGUGUGGAGAAUUUGUUGAACCUUAAGGAGAAGUGAACGUUUCGAGUUUACAUUACAAGAAAGUUGAAUAUGGUUUUUUGUUGAACUUCGAUAGAGAAGGAGAGAGAUAAGGGGAAUUUGUUCUAAAGAGUGAGGAGUCUUUGAGGUGGUGGAACUAGGAGUAAUGGUGUCUAAGAAUGAUCCAAUUGAGUCAAUUUCAAAUUCGAUUCACUUUAUAAAAGAAACAUUUUUACCUCUUGAAUUGGGCAUUAAGAAAGCUGCAAAAGAUCUCCAGAGUUGUUGGGGAGCUUCACAUGUCAAAGGCGAUAAUGUUGAAUUGACUGCUCAUUUGAAUGGUAGUGAUAGGAAUGAUAAGGUUCAAAUUUUUUGUGUGAAGAAGAGUAGAGGUGUUAGUAAUGGGAUGUGUUGUGUUGGUUGUGAAGAAAGAAAGAAAAGGCGGUGUAUUAAGGUUCCCAUCAAGGUUUUGAUGGGAUUGUUUUCGCCUGCAAAUGGGCAGAACAAAGAGAAAGUCGGUUUGGAUAGAAAAGGAUUGAAAGAGACAAAUAUGGAUGGAGAUGAAAGGUCUUGUAUGAACUGCUUGCAGUUUGCAGUGACUUGGUCAGUGUUGAUUAACAGUUUUUCCCUGGCUUUACCAAGCUCAUUUAAGUCAGGGAGGAAGCGAAAUCAGAAAGUGGGUGACAGAGAUAAUAUGCAAUCAAAGAUUUUAUUCGAGUAUAGAGAGUCAAAAACUCAUUUUGUUGUAAAGAAUGAGGGUUUGGAACAUAAUGAUGGGAAAAAUAUAUCAAUUGAAUGCUUUGUAGGGUUCAUAUUUGACCAGUUGAUUCAAAAUCUUCAGAAGUUUGAUCCACUUCUACAGGAAAGUAAUAAGAAGCAUUGUGAUAGUCCACUGACUUCAUCUCCACCAUCACAGUUCAAUCUUUUAAAAGCGGUGACAAGUAUUUGGGAAAAUCAAAAGGUUGAUGUAAAUGGAUUUUUGGGAAAUUUGAAGUUUGCUAGAGUGGGAGGUGUUCCUCAGGGUAUGAUAGGAGUUGCUUCUUCAGUGAAUGAAGAGGGUGAUGAUGAUGGUGUUACCGGCAGCACGGAAAAAAGAGGUAGAAAUUCCCCUCAGAAAUUGGCGAGUGAAAUCCUGAGCAUUCCUCUAUCAAAUGUGGAGCGACUGAGAUCCACCUUAUCCACUGUCUCACUCGCAGAACUAAUUGAGCUUCUUCCACCUUUGGGUCGCUCUUUGCAAGACCAUCCUGACAAGAAGAAGUUAUUCUCUGUCCAGGAUUUCUUCAGAUACACAGAAUCUGAAGGAAGGAGGUUCUUUGAAGAACUAGAUAGAGAUGGUGAUGGCCAAGUAAAUUUAGAAGAUCUUGAAGUUGCUAUGAAGAAAAGAAAAUUGCCUCAGAAAUAUGCUCGGGAAUUCAUGUGCCGCACUAGAAGAAACCUCUUUUCAAAAUCUUUUGGUUGGAAGCAGUUUUUGUCCUUGAUGGAACAGAAGGAGCCAACCAUUCUCAGAGCUUAUACUUCUCUCUGGUUGAGCAAGUCUGGAACCCUCCAAAAAAGUGAAAUAUUGGCAUCACUUAAAAAUGUUGGACUUCCUGCAAAUGAAGACAAUGCUGUUGCUAUGAUGAGAUUUUUGAAUGCAGACACCGAAGAAUCUAUUUCCUAUGGACACUUCCGCAAUUUUAUGCUUCUGUUGCCUUCAGACCGGCUUCUUCAAGAUGAUCCACGAAAUAUCUGGUUUGAGGCUGCCACGGUUGUUGCUGUUGCACCACCUGUGGAAAUACCUGCUGGAAGUGUUCUUAAAUCUGCACUGGCAGGGGGUCUUUCAUGUGCACUCUCAACAUCUUUACUGCACCCAGUUGAUACUAUAAAGACUCGAGUGCAAGCAUCAACUCUGACCUUCCCAGAAAUCAUAUCAAAGCUUCCACAAAUUGGAGUUAGGGGGCUAUAUAGGGGUUCAAUCCCUGCCAUUAUUGGCCAGUUUUCAAGCCAUGGUCUUCGAACAGGAAUAUUUGAAGCAAGUAAACUUGUAUUGGUCAAUGUUGCUCCAGACCUCCCUGACAUCCAGGUUCAAUCCAUGGCAUCAUUCUGCAGCACAGUUCUGGGAACGGCUGUGCGGAUUCCUUGUGAGGUACUAAAACAGCGUUUGCAGGCUGGCCUAUUUGACAAUGUUGGAGAAGCUCUUGUUGGUACGUGGCACCAGGAUGGUCUAAAGGGCUUUUUCCGUGGGACUGGGGCCACUCUUUGCCGCGAGGUUCCAUUCUACGUCGCAGGGAUGGGGCUUUAUGCUGAAUCUAAAAAGCUUGCGCAACAACUUCUAAGACGGGAACUAGAACCUUGGGAAACAAUUGCAGUUGGAGCUCUAUCUGGAGGGUUAGCAGCCGUUGUCACUACUCCUUUUGAUGUCAUGAAAACUAGAACGAUGACUGCUCCGGGAGGCCAACCAAUAUCAAUGUCGAUAAUAGCCAUUUCUAUACUCCGAGACGAGGGACCCCUUGGUCUAUUUAAAGGAGCAGUACCCCGGUUUUUUUGGAUUGCUCCCUUAGGUGCCAUGAACUUCGCUGGUUACGAGUUGGCAAAGAAAGCCAUGGACAAAAAUUAAGACGCGGCUAUGAAUCAGCUCGCCGGGACGAAUUCCGGGUAGGUGCAAUACCUUCCAAAGUAAGAACAUAUGAUCCACAAUGGCUUCUGGGAUUUUCUUUUUUGAUCGAAGCAACUGAAUGCUGCUGGAAAUUUUGUGCUUUUCUGCCCAAAACUAAUGGAAACAAGCUGUUUAAAUUUAAUUUGUCGAAAGCUCCACCCAUUUUCCUUGCCAAAAGUUGUAAUAUCUUUUGCA